AUGAAGAAGCAGCCGUCCACUAGCCGACCUCGGACGACAAUCCGAACUUUUGUCAGCAGAGUCAACAUAUAUCAACAGCCGGAGGAAGACAUCUUGAAGGAUCGCAGCGGACUUGGCUCAACCGAUGCAAUGGCAACUCAGGUCUAUCCAAACUACCCACCGGAUCUGACCCCAGAACAAGAGCAUUACCUCCUCGCAAACCUGAAGGACUGGUCGAUAGCCCAUGGCUUGGCAGUACGACCGACGACAGCAUAUGUACCAACAAAACAAGAUCCUUCAGUAGCACUAGCAACAACCGCGCCCAUUACAUUGUAUCCCAGCCUUUUCCCGCGAAUAUGCUUCGAGCAGGCGCGGUCAGUGGCGAAAGCAUACAAUGAGCUCUACUCCGCAAUUGCUAGUGAUGAGGAGUGGUUGAAGGGGACUGUCGAAGAGCUGCUAGACAUCGAUGACUUCAUUGCCGAGUUAUGGAAGGUGCAUCUCGACGUGAAGAAAGAGGGCUACGCACAACCUCUCAACCUUGGCCUCUUCCGCUCAGACUACAUGGUCCACAUUGAUCCGUCAGAUCCUACAAGCAGACCGACCGUGAAGCAAGUCGAAUUCAACACUAUCGCAUCCUCGUUCGGCGGCCUAUCGACCCAAGUAUCAGCUCUUCACAAGCAUCUACACUCGAUCGAAGCCUAUCCUGACAGCACUUCGUCAGUCAUCGCUGACACCGCACUACCCGAUGCCACCUCCGUGCCCAAGCUAGCCCAUGGAAUGGCAGCAGCUCAUCAAGCCUAUGGUCCAUCGUCUUCCGGUCACCCGACUUGCGUCAUCUUCCUCGUCCAAGAACCCGAACGAAAUGUCUUCGAUCAAAGGCACGUUGAGUACGCUCUGAACAAGAAUCACGGCGUGCGAACGUUCCGUCUACCAUUCCAUCGAGUGCUAAAGGACACCAGAGUCGACUCGGAGCGUAGAUUACUCUAUGCGCCACCACAUAAGCCCGACAAACCUUUCGAAGUAUCCUUGGUCUACUUCCGAGCAGGCUACUCACCAGACGAGUACACAACCCCUGAUCACUGGAAAGGCCGUCUACAAAUCGAACGAAGUGCUGCGAUAAAAUGUCCAAGUGUCUUGACGCAAUUGGCUGGCACGAAAAAAGUGCAACAAGUCCUCGCUACACCACACUCACCUCACCUCGCCAAAUUCCUUCCAGACAAGGAUCAAGCCUCAGAAGUCCUAAAGACUUUCGCUCCCAUCUACCCAAUGGACAAAAGCGAAGCAGGUCUCGAAGCACGAAGCUUCGCUCAAGAUGCAGAAAAGUGCAAACGCUACGUCCUGAAACCUCAGCGCGAAGGCGGAGGCAACAAUAUCUACCGCAGCAAUAUCCCCGGCUUUCUGCAGGAGAUCCCCGAGGAGAAAUGGCCGGCGCAUAUCUUGAUGGAGAUGAUCGAGCCGCCAGCGCAGCAGAAUGUCAUCUUUAGGAAUGGAGAAGUGCAGAGUGGUGGUGUGAUCUGUGAGUUGGGUGUUUAUGGGGCAUGUCUGUGGGAGCAGGGAGACGGUGAUGGGAAGAGGGAGGUUGUGGAGAGCUCUGAGGCGGGAUAUCUGCUCAGAACCAAAGGAUCGGGAAGUGAGGAGGGCGGCGUAGCCGCUGGCUUCGGAUCUGUUGACUCAGCUUGUCUGGUCGAUGUCUAG